AUGGGAAGUCGGGACCUAAAGGACCCAGGGGUUUUAGAGGUCACGUUGGGACUGAGGGAGCAGAAGGAAAGCCUGGGUCCUGCAGGAAAGUCCGGACAAGACGGCAGUCCUGGGACACCUAGUGGUAAAGGCUUCACAGGGAAAGUUGGCAUGCAGGGUCCCCAAGGGCCAGUGGGCAUGUAUGGAGAACCUGGUGUGAGAGGCCCCGCCGGUAUCCCUGGUGUGAGAGGCCCCGCCGGUAUCCCUGGUGUGAGAGGCCCCGCCGGUAUCCCUGGUGUGAGAGGCACCGCCGGUAUCCCUGGGAAGAGUGGACCGCCGGUAACUGUCUUACAGGGAUUGAAGGCAACUCAUGGCGAGAGAGGGCCAAAUGGACCUCAGGGCCGUGAAGGAGAGACUGGACCCAAUGGCAUACAGGGAUCAUCCGGUCCUCCAGGCCUCCCAGGGCUGGAGGGCAAGACAGGGAAGCCAGGCCCUUCAGGAAACCAGGGGCUUGUGGGGGCACAGGGGUCAGCUGGGCCCAUCGGGUUUCCAGGUACUCCUGGGAUGGAUGGUGUGAUGGGGCAGGUUGGAGAAAAAGGAGAACAGGGAGCAGCAGUGCCUGUUGGGGACAGUGGGCCAUCUGGACUGGACGGACAGCAGGUGGGCAGCAGUGGAUCCUGGGUGUCUGUUCUUAGAUGUACCCAUCCACCUUCAAUAUGACUGGUGUUGUAUGAUAUGACACACUUGGUGGUAAGUGUGGCAUAUCUUGCAAUAACAAUUGUACUAUUAUGGCUGACAUUGAUGACCAUGUUUAAUAUUCUCCUGCAGG